UUUAUUUUUGAGACAGUCUUUUUCUUUUCUUUCUUCCUUUCUUUCCCUUGGCUGUAGAGACACAGUGUCUUUAUGUCACCCAAGCCAGCAUCGAGCACCCGGGCUCAAGCGGUCCUCUUGCCUUACCUUCCUGAGUUGCUGGAAUGAUGGACCAGCACCACCUUGCUGGGCUUUAGCAUCUUUUUUUUUUCCUGGAGACAGGGUCUUGCUAUACAGCCCAGGUUGGCCUUGAACUCUCUGCAAUCCUCCUGCCUCAGCCUCCGCAGUGUUAGGAUUACAGCCACCAUACCUGACUAGCGUCUUAUUUAUGGCAAAACAAAAACAAAACCUGAAAAAACGCUCACUGCCUUUCUUUAAGACUUUGAACCAGCAAGGACCUCUGCUAUCUGGGACACAGAAAGGACAGUGAGUCCCAGCCUCCUGUUUCUGUUUGGCCUUGAGCAGAGAGAGCAGAUUCUCCUCUCCAGCCUGGCCCAGAGUGCUCCACGCUGUCCCUCCCAUAGCUGCCAGGGCCCUCUCAGGACAAAGUCUUAGUCCCUGUCAUUGCCCCGCGGACCCUGGACCUCUUCUUGGCUUUCCCACUGCUCUCUCAGCCCCGGCCUCUGCCUGGAACUCAUCCCGUCCCCGCACGCGGCUCUGCAGUCUCCUACAGGUCCUUCCCGACAGGAAGUGGAGCUCAGGGGCCCUCCCUGACCUCUCUACCUGGGAUUCCCAUCAUGACCCUCACUGUCCGGCUUUGUCCCUUUGGGGUCCCCUUGCUGGCCUGGAGCCCCCUUCCCUGCCCUUUUCCUUGGCUCCCUCCUCCUCAGCCUUCCGGUCUGACUUUUGACGUCACUUCCCACAGAAUCUUUCCUGAGUGCCCCCGGGUGUGGACGUGGGGCUGUUGGUGUCCCUGGUGCCCAGCAAAGGACCUGCUGCCCAUCAGGGACUACGACUGAGCCCCGGACCCGGGAGGCCCCAGGAGCUGGAGGUGACCUUCAGCAGGCAGCAAGACCUCGGCGAACGGGCACAAGCCCGGCAGACAGCUGUGCGGCACCUCGGGCCGGGCUCUUGGUUGGAGAGAGCACCUGUGCCCAGGCAGCGGCUCAGAGGCAGCUGCUCCAUGCAGAACUGAAGCUGGUCCUGCAGCAGAAGGGGGAGCGGAAGCAGGAGCCUGGGGCUCAGGAGACUCCCGGCAGAGCCAUGGCGGCCAGGAGCCGGAGCGCCGAGGAGCUGCGGCGCGCAGAGUUGGUGGAGAUCAUCGUGGAGACGGAGGCGCAGACCGGGGUCACCGGGAUCAACGUAGCCGGUGGCGGGAGAGAAGGGAUCUUCGUGCGCGAGCUGCGCGAGGACUCCCCUGCAGCCAGGAGCCUCAGCCUGCAAGAAGGGGACCAGCUGCUGAGUGCUCGCGUGUUCUUUGAGAACGUCAAGUAUGAGGACGCGCUACGCCUGCUGCAAUGCGCCGAGCCUUACAAGGUCUCCUUCUGCCUGAAGCGCACGGUGCCCACUGGGGACCUGGCGCUGCGGCCUGGGACCGUGGCUGGCUACGAGAUGAAGGGCCCUCGGGCCAAGGUGGCCAAGCUGAACAUCCAGAGUCUGUCCCCUGUGAAGAAGAAGAAGAUGGUGGUGGUGCCCGGGGCCCUGGGGGUCCCUGCAGACCUGGCCCCCAUUGACGUCGAGUUCUCCUUUCCCAAGUUCUCCCGUCUGCGUCGGGGCCUCAAAGGCGAGGUGGUCAAGGGUCCCGGCCCAGCUGCCCCCGUCCACGGGCGCUUCCAGCUGCCUCGGUUGCGUGUUCGAGAAGUGGUCGAAGAGGCCCAGGCAGCAAGGCUGGCUGCUGCUGCUCCUCCCCCCAGGAAGGCCAAGGCAGAGCCUGAGGUGGUGGCAGAAGCUCGGUUCACAACCCCUCAGGUGGAGCUGGUUGGGCCCCAACUGCCAGCUGCCGAGGUGGGUGUCCUUCAGGUCUCAGCCCCCAAGGUGGCCCCCUCUGUAGAGCUGGCCAGUGGCUUUGACCUCCAUCUGCCAACCUUUGGGUUAGGAGCCCCGGCAGCACCUGCUGCAGAGCCCCCACCCAUAGGGAUCCAGGUGCCCCAAGUGGAGCUGCCCACCUUACCCUCACUACCCACUCUGCCCACACUGCCUUGCCUGGAGACCCGGGAGGGGGCUGUCGCGGUGACGGUGCCCACCCUGGAUGUGGCCGCACCCACUGUGGGGGUGGACCUGGCCUUGCCAGGCAAGGAGAUAGAGGCCCCAGCGGAGAUGCCUGAGGUGGCCCUGAAGAUGCCCCGCCUCAGCUUUCCCCGCUUUGGGGCUCGAGGGAGGGAAGUUGCUGCAGCCAAGGUGACCAAGGGGAGCCCCGAGGCCAGGGCGAAGGGCCCCAGACUUCGAAUGCCCACCUUCGGGCUUUCGCUCCUGGAGCCCCGGCCCUCUGCCCCUGAGGCUGUUGCUGAGAGCAAGCUGAAGCUGCCCACCAUCAAGAUGCCCUCCUUCGGCAUUGGAGCAGUGGGGCCUGAGGUCAGGGUGCCCAAAGGGCCUGAAGUGAAGCUCCCAAAGGCCCCCGAGGUCAAGCUUCCCAAAGUGCCCGAGGGGGCCCUUCCAGAUGUGCAGCUCCCAGAGGUGCAGCUCCCAAAAGUGUCGGAGAUGAAGCUCCCCAAAGUGCCUGAGAUGUCUGUGCCGGAGGUGCGACUGCCAGAGGUGCAGCUCCCCAAAGUCCCAGAUGUGAAAGUUCCCGAGGUGAAGCUCCCGAAGGUGCCCGAGAUGGCAGUGCCCGACGUGCACCUGCCAGAGGUGCAGCUCCCAAAAGUUCCAGAGAUGAAGCUCCCCGAGAUGAAACUGCCUGAAAUGAAGCUCCCGAAGGUGCCUGAGAUGGUUGUGCCCGAUGUGCACCUGCCGGAGGUGCAGCUGCCCAAAGCCUCCGAGAUGAAGCUCCCGAAGAUGCCCGAGAUGGCCGUGCCCGAGGUUCGACUGCCUGAGGUGCAGCUGUCCAAAGUCUGCGAGAUGAAGCUCCCCAAGGUCCCAGAGAUAGCUGUGCCCGAAGUUCGGCUGCCAGAGGUGCAGCUGCCGAAGGUGUCAGAGGUGAAAGUCCCUGAUGUGAGACUCCCUGAAAUGAAGCUCCCGGACAUAAAACUCCCUAAAGUACCCGAGAUGGCUGUGCCUGACGUGCACCUUCCGGAGGUGCAGCUACCGAAAGUAUCAGAGAUUCGGCUGCCGGAAAUACAAGCGCCGAAGGUCCCGGAUGUGCAUCUUCCCAAGGCACCGGAGGUGAAGCUGCUGGCAGCUCCAGAGGCGCAGCUAGAAGCUGCUGGGGCAGAGAAGGCAGAGGGGACAGAAUUUGGCUUCAAGAUGCCCAAGAUGACCAUGCCCAAGUUAGGAAGGGUAGGGUCUCCGCCACAAGGCACGCCAGGCGAGGCGGGUGGUGAGGUCUUGGGGAAGUUAGCGACGCUUCCUUGUCUGAAGCCCGUUGCGGGUGGUGAGGCUCGUGUGGGCGCCCCUUCUCUCACUCUGCCCUCUGUGGAGCUGGACCUGCCUGGGGCGCUCGGCCUGGAGGGGCAGGUCCGUGCAGCUGAGGCAGGAAAGGUGGAGCAGCCAGAGGGUGUCAGGGUGGCAACAGGGGUUGGGAAAGAGGCCUUCCGAGUGCCCUCGGUUGAGAUCGUUACUCCGCAGCUGCCCACGGUGGAAGGUGAGGAAGGGCAGCUGGAGAUGGCGGAGAUGAAGGUCAAGCCCUCCUCCAAGUUCUCCCUGCCGAAGUUUGGACUCUCGGGGCCAAAGGUGGCAAAGGCAGAGGCCGAGGGGGCUGGGCGAGCCCCCAAGCUGAAGGUGUCCAAGUUUGCCAUCUCACUCCCCAAGGCCCGGGUGGGGACAGAAGCUGAGGCCAAAGGGGCAGGGGAAGCAGGCCUGCUGCCUGCCCUUGAUCUGUCCAUUCCGCAGCUCAGCCUGGAUGCCCAUCCGCCCUCGAGCAGAGCAGAGGUGGUGGGGCCUGAAGUUAAGCUCAAGGGGUCCAGGUUUGCUCUGCCCAAGUUUGGGGCCCGAGGCCGGGACACUGAGGCAGAACUAGCACCAGGAGCGGCUGGGUUGGAGGGCAAGGGCUGGAGCUGGGAUGGGAAAGUGAGGGUGCCUAAGCUGAAGAUGCCCUCUUUUGGGCUGGCCCGAGGGAAGGAGGCAGAAGCCCAGGGUGGGCGUGUCAGCCCUGGAGAAAAGCUAGAGUCCAUAGCCGGGCAGCUGAAGAUCCCUGAGGUGGAGUUAGUCACCAUGGCAGCCCAGGAGGAAGCAGGCGUGGGGGGCACGAUGGCCACCAGUGGAGUGCAGCUCUCCAGCAGGCAGGCCACUGAGGGCCAUGACAGGGUGCUGAAGGUGCCCCCAGGGGGCAUUUCUCUGCCCCAGGUGGAGCUGACCAGCUUUGGGGGGCUAGGCAGCCCGGGGCAGCAGGCUGAGAGCACAGCGGCUUCUGCAGAGGGCACGGCCGGCGUCAGGGUCCAGGUGCCUCAGGUGAGCCUGUCUCUGCCUGGAAGCCAGGCAUCCGGUGGUGAGCUGCUGGUGGGCGAAGGUGUCUUCAAGAUGCCCACGGUGACCGUGCCCCAACUUGAGCUGGACGUGGGGCUGAGCCAAGAGGUGCGAGCGGGUGAGGCGGCUGCCGGUGAGGGUGGGCUGAGGCUGAAGUUACCCACACUGGGGGCCAGGGCUGGGGCAGAGAGAGCAGAGGACCAGUCCCCUGGGGCCGAGCGCACCUUCCACCUCUCACUGCCCGAUGUGGAGCUCUCGCCACCCUCUGUGGGCAGUCACGCUGCCGAGUACCAAGUGGCAGAGGGCGAUGGGGAGGGCGCACACAAGCUGAAGGUGCGGCUGCCAAGGUUUGGCUUGGUGCGGGCCAAGGAGGGGGCUGAGGAAGGCGAGAAGGUCAAGAGCCCGAAGCUCAGGCUGCCCCGAGUGGGCUUCGGCCAAAAUGAGUCAGUCCCUGGAGAAGGCUCCCCCAGCCCCGAGCAGGAAGAGGAGGAGGAGGAAGGCACUGGGGAAGGGGCCUCGGGUCGCCGAGGCCGUGUUAGGGUCCGCUUGCCCCGUGUGGGCCUGGCAGCCCCCUCUAAGGCCUCUCGGGGACAGGGAGACGAGGCCCCCAAAUCUCCUGUUGGGGAGAAGUCACCCAAGUUCCGCUUCCCCAGGGUGUCCCUAAGCCCUAAGGCCCGGAGUGGGGACCAAGAAGAGGGUGGCUUCAGAGUUCGGCUGCCCAGUGUGGGGUUUUCAGAGACAGGGGCUCCAGGCCCUACCAGGAUAGAGGGAGGCCAGGCUGCAGCCGUGUGAAGCCCUGGGCAGGUGGAGACUCCUCUCCUGACCCCCUGUCCCCACCCUUGCCCGUUUUGUGUGUGAGAUUACGAGCACUAACCCUCAGAGGGCUGGGAGGCGGGCGGCUGGCCUUUCUCAUCGGCAGGAGUGUCUGUAUCAUGCCAAGCCAUGUGAAUAAAUAAUCCAGAGGUA